AUGGCGGAUCAAUACCAGGAUGAUUACGAGUACGAGCAGGAGGAAGACCAAUUUGAGGAGGAGGAGGAGGAUGACGGCAUUACUGCUGAGGACUGCUGGAUGGUCAUCUCCUCUUUCUUCGAAGCCAAAGGCUUAGUUUCGCAACAGGUCGACUCCUUCGACGAGUUCGUCUCUACGACUAUGCAGGAGCUGGUGGAAGAAAAUUCCCAGCUCACCCUUGACCAGAAUAACCCCCCGUCUGCGGACGAAAAUCCGAUCGCCCUGCGUCGAUACGAAAUCAAGUUUGGUACUGUUCUACUCUCGAGACCAGCGAUGACAGAAGGCGAUGGAACCACUCAAGUCAUGCUGCCCCAGGAGGCCCGGUUGCGAAACCUCACAUACUCGAGUCCUCUCUACCUCGAGAUGACAAAGAAUGUUUCGGUUGCCGUAGAGCGCAAUGUUCCCCUCAACGAGCUCGAUGACGAGCAAGAAGCAGAAAUGGCAGCUACCGGGAUCCAUCCAACGCGCCUAGUUUGGGAAGACGAGGAUGGGAGGGAGGCCGGCCCGGACAAGAUUGAGCCAACUCCGGACCGAGUAUUUAUUGGAAAGUUGCCGAUCAUGCUCAAGUCGAAGUACUGCAUAUUGAAAGACCUUGACGAGGAUGAUCUUUAUGCUUGGAACGAGUGCCCAUACGAUCAAGGAGGAUAUUUCAUUAUCAACGGCUCCGAGAAAGUCCUGAUCGCACAAGAGCGCAGUGCCGCCAACAUUGUGCAGGUGUUCCAAAAGUCGCUCCCCAGUCCGACACCGUAUGUCGCAGAGAUUCGAAGUGCUCUCGAGAAAGGCUCGCGCCUCAUCUCGCAGAUGUCCAUCAAGCUUUUUUCGAAGGGUGACGGUGGGAGAGGUGGUUUCGGUCAAACCAUCAAGUCGACAUUGCCAUAUAUCAGAGCCGAUGUCCCAAUCGCAGUGGUCUUCCGUGCCCUUGGUGUCGUCUCCGACGAAGACAUCUUGAACCAUAUCUGCUAUGAUCGCAACGAUACCCAAAUGCUGGAGAUGCUCAAGCCAUGUAUCGAGGAAGCUUUCGUCAUCCAGGAUCGCGAAGUCGCUUUGGAUUUCAUUGGGAAGCGUGGACAAAAUUCAACUCUGACCCGUGACAAGCGUGUCAAGUAUGCUCGCGACAUAAUGCAGAAGGAGCUGCUUCCGCACAUCUCGCAAUCGGAGGGCAGUGAGACCCGGAAGGCUUUCUUCUUGGGAUACAUGGUCCACAAGAUGCUUCAGUGCGCCCUUGGACGUCGGGAGACUGAUGACCGAGAUCAUUUUGGAAAGAAGCGCUUGGAUCUUGCUGGUCCUCUUCUAGCAAAGCUUUUCCGUGGCCUGUUCCGCAGAUUGACCUCAGACGUCUACAAAUACCUGAAGUUGUGCGUUGAGAACAACAAGGAGUUCAAUCUCGCGCUUGGUGUCAAGGCUACCACAAUGACGAACGGACUCAAGUACUCGCUGGCUACUGGUAACUGGGGCGACCAAAAGAAGGCCGCGAGCUCGACCGCCGGUGUCUCUCAGGUUCUCAACAGAUACACUUUCUCCUCCACGCUUUCCCACCUACGUCGCACGAACACUCCUAUCGGUCGUGACGGUAAGAUUGCGAAGCCUCGUCAACUUCAUAAUACCCAUUGGGGCUUGGUAUGUCCGGCCGAGACUCCUGAAGGCCAAGCCUGUGGUCUGGUGAAGAACUUGGCACUCAUGUGCUAUGUUACGGUCGGUACACCCAGCGAUCCCAUCAUCGAGUUCAUGAUUCAACGUAACAUGGAAGUUCUGGAGGAAUAUGAGCCUUUAAGGUCCCCCAAUGCUACCAAGGUCUUUGUCAACGGUGUAUGGGUUGGCGUUCAUCGCGACCCGGGCCAUCUCGUCAAGACAGUCCAGCACUUAAGAAGAUCACAUCUGAUCUCUCACGAAGUCUCCUUGAUUCGUGAUAUUCGAGACAGAGAAUUCAAGAUCUUCACGGAUGCUGGACGAGUUUGUAGACCUCUCUUUGUUGUGGACAACGACGUUGAGAGCCCCAACAAGGGCAACCUGGUACUCAACAAAGACCACAUCCGAAGAUUGGAAGAGGAUCAGCACCUCCAUGCUAACACGGACCCGGCGCUCAAGGAUGAGCUUUACUUCGGCUUCCAGGGCCUCAUCAACGAGGGUGUGGUCGAGUAUGUUGAUGCCGAGGAAGAGGAGACGAUCAUGAUUGUCAUGACGCCAGAGGAUCUGGAUAUCUCGCGCCAAAUCCAGGCCGGUUACAAAAUCCGCCCCGAUAAUAGCGGAGAUCUGAACAAGCGUGUCAAGGCUCCAGUGAACCCUACAGCACACAUUUGGACUCACUGCGAAAUCCAUCCGAGUAUGAUACUGGGAAUAUGUGCAAGCAUUAUUCCAUUCCCAGAUCAUAACCAAUCUCCUCGUAAUACCUACCAGUCUGCCAUGGGUAAGCAAGCUAUGGGAGUCUUCCUCACAAACUACGACGUGAGAAUGGACACCAUGGCGAACAUUCUCUAUUACCCUCAGAAGCCCCUUGCAACCACUCGCUCUAUGGAGUUCCUGAAAUUUCGAGAACUUCCUGCAGGUCAAAAUGCCAUUGUCGCUAUUGCUUGUUACUCCGGUUACAACCAAGAAGAUUCGGUCAUUAUGAACCAGAGUAGUAUUGAUCGUGGGAUUUUCCGAAGUUUGUUCUACCGUGCCUAUACCGAUCAGGAGAAGCGCAUUGGCAUGAACGCCCUGGAAUCAUUCGAGAAGCCCUACAGAAAUGACACCAUGAAACUAAAACAAGGUACAUAUGACAAGUUGGAUGAGGACGGACUUGUCGCUCCGGGUGUUCGUGUGUCAGGAGACGAUAUCAUCAUUGGGAAGACAGCGCCAUUGCCGGCAGACAGCCAGGAUUUUGGAAUACGAAACAAGGCCCAUACUAAGCGCGAUGCAUCAACACCUCUGAGGAGUACUGAAAACGGUAUCGUCGACCAGGUCCUCCUUACCACCAACUCCGAGGGUCAGAAGUUCGUCAAGGUUCGUAUGAGAACAACCAAGAUUCCCCAGAUUGGUGACAAGUUUGCCUCUCGUCACGGACAGAAGGGUACCAUUGGCAUCACAUACCGUCAUGAGGAUAUGCCUUUCACGUGCCAGGGUAUCGUGCCCGAUUUGAUUAUCAACCCCCACGCCAUCCCUUCCCGAAUGACAAUUGCCCAUUUGAUCGAGUGUCAGCUGAGUAAGGUCUCGACUCUUCGCGGUCUCGAGGGAGACGCUACGCCAUUCACAGAAGUUACGGUGGACUCGGUUUCCAAGCUUCUCCGAAACCAUGGAUACCACUCUCGUGGUUUUGAGAUCAUGUACCACGGACACACUGGGAGAAAGAUGAUGGCUCAAGUCUUCUUGGGUCCAACCUACUACCAACGUCUCCGCCACAUGGUCGACGACAAGAUUCAUGCUCGCGCCCGAGGACCCCUCCAGAUCCUGACUAGACAGCCGGUGGAAGGUCGUGCUAGGGAUGGUGGUCUGCGUUUCGGAGAAAUGGAGCGUGAUUGCAUGAUUUCUCACGGAGCCGCUUCAUUCUUAAAGGAGAGAUUGUUUGAGGUGUCGGAUGCCUUCAGAGUCCAUCAAACUCUCAACCCAAUCCUUCGAAUGCAGACCAUGCAAGAACAAGACCAAGAUCUCGCAAAUCCACAUGCCAUACGCCGCGAAGCUGCUCUUCCAAGAACUGGCGUCGAUGAAUAUCGCAGCUCGGAUGUUCAUCACGAGAUCUGGGAUUUCAGUUCGCUAGGAGGCUGCGAGAGGGGGUGUAAGAAUGUAUAG